AUGUCUUAUAUUUAUGUAUGAUACAUGAUACAGAAUUUUUUAUUUAUUAUUUCAAAAUAAAUGCAACUUUUAUUUGAUAUGAUUGUGUUUAGAUACUUAAAUAAAAUAAUUGUAUAAAUAAUUGGACGCGUUAUACUAAUUUAUAUAACAUUCGUAAGAAGGUAAAACUGGAUGUAAGUAUAAAAUCUCUUUUAAGUAAGAUUUUUUAAAAGAAUUAUGCAUACUACUAGGUCAAUUAUUGGUUGCUAGGAUAUCAAUAAUCACAAAGCAAAGUGUUUCCCCACAUUAUCGUUCGAUUUAAUUUUCAGUAAUUUUAUUUUUUUCAUAAAAAAGGAAAGAUCUGAUAUUUUGAUCAUGUCAAGUGCGACAUACAAUGAGCUUUGGAAAAGUGCGCAAACUGAUCUGGAGGAAAUCCUUCAAAUUGACACAAAUUUACAAAACGCUAAGCCGCAAAAAGAUCGUAAAAAAGCACAUAACACAGUUUCGGAAUUAUACGUAAGGUAUAUUUUAAUCUGUAAUAACUUAGAACUGUGUUACGAUCAAGUAAUUCAAUCACAAAAGCGCAUAUUAAUAAAACAAUUAUUGGUAUCGUGUCUUGGUAGAAUCUUAGAACUGAAACAUGAAUUAGUCGAGAUAGAUCUUUCAGAGUAUAGUUAUUUCGAUGAUAUUUUAAUAAAAUUAAAUGUUACUCCGCAAGAAGCUGAGAUUCGGGUUCCAAGAUUUUUUAGACGUGAAUGUUUACAAGAAAUUGUCGAGAAGCGGAAAUAUAUAGAAAAUACUCUAAAAAGUAUAGGUGCUUUGGAUGAAAUUGUUGUACCAAAAAAGAUAACUGAAUCUGAAGCGAUAAGACUUAUACAGGCUCAUGAGCGCGCCAGACAAGGCCGAUUAAGAUUUCAAUUUAUGAAAGAAAUUCGUCAAAUAAAGGAUAAAUUCGUGAUUAAAGAAGAGGCAGAAGUGAAAAACGAAUCAAACAAAAAGGCAGCUGUGAUAAAAAUUCAAAAGAUUUGGAGAGGAUACGUGACUAGAUGCAAAAUUCGGAAACGGCGUCUUGAAGAAAUGUUAUUAAUUGGUAUGCUUCAACCGAGUCAAGAAAUAACGGAAAGUGCCAGGCAAAUUGAAAAAGUUAGAGAAAAAAGAUACGAGAAACAAGUUAAAUAUCAAAAAUUGUACGAAAAUUUGGUGAUCGAAGCUAGAGAAAGAAUUCGUAAAGAGAAAAGUGCUAUAAUAGAAGAAAAUAUAAGAAACGAAGUUCGAAACUGGGUAAACACUUAUUUUCAUCAGACAGGAAAAAUUCCCGACUUACCAUCUGCUGAAAGUGGAGGAUCUAGAAUUAUAUUUAGUAGGCAGGGAACUGAGAGUACUAUAAGUAAAUCAACAGCAGUGUCAUCAAAGGAAUCCAAGAAAUCUAAAAAAUCAAAAUCAAAGAAGGACAGUGAUGCUGAACAAUCAGAGGAAGAAACUGAGCAAGGUUUCAAGUCAGUUCCUUCGAAUUUUUUGUCGGAACUGAUACAUGCUAAUCAAGAAUAUCAAGAAGUAUGGAAGAAUAAAGAUGAAACAACGAAUGCUGCUCAGUUACCAUAUUUAGACAUGAUAGAGAAUGAAAUAACUAAGGAAGUAGAAAAUGAAGUACGAAUUACAGUUGACCAAGCACUUAGAGAUGACAUAGAAGCACUACAAUUAGCAUUAGAUAGAGACAAAGGGCUUAAAAGCAAACGUACUAAAAAAACACAAAAAAAAAUUCGCCGCAGUGGAAAAAAGAAUAAAAAGAGGAAAGAAAAGGAUUUGACACCUGAUAGAACAACAGAAUCAUUAUUUGAAGAAUUAUUAAUUCAAGGAAUUGUUAAACUACAUAGCGAAAUUCCACUUACUAGUUUUCAAGGGGAAAAGUCUUUUAUAAAUCAUAAUUUAAGAGAAAAAAAGAAGGAUCCUCUACCAGCACUUGGAGACAUAAGGCAAUUGAUAAUUGAAUAUUGUAUACUUCCUUUGGGAAACAAUACUCUUAGAGAAUUUACACCUCUAAUCAGAUCAGUGUUAAUAACUGGUCCACGUGGCAGUGGCAAAAAGAUGUUAGUCAAUGCAAUUUGCACAGAACUUGGAGCCACUUUAUUUGAUAUUACACCAGCUAAUAUUGUUGGAAAAUAUCCUGGAAAAUCAGGAUUAAUUAUGCUUAUACAUUUAAUAUCAAAGCUAUCACGUUUGCUCCAACCAUCAGUGAUAUUCAUGGAAGAAGCAGAGAAACCAUUUGUAAAAAAGGUGUCAAAGACAGAUAAAACUGAUCCAAAACGGUUAAAAAAAGAUCUCCCCAAAUUAGUAAAAAGUAUUACAAAUGAAGAUAGAGUUAUCCUUAUAGGAACUUCAAAUUCACCAUGGGAUGGAGAUCAGAAACUCUUAUAUCAAACAUAUGAUAAAGUUAUAUAUAUUCCAAGACCAGAUUAUGGAUCUAUGUCUCUUAUAUGGAAAGAUUUAUUAUAUAAAGUAAUGACUACAAAGCGAAUAGUACAAUUAAGAACUCAUCCGUUAACACAUGGAGAAUUAAUAAACGCGUUAAGUUCCAAAGAUCCAGUUUUUUGCGAAGAAGAAAAUAUGUUCUUAGGUAUGCGUAAAGCGUACAAAUAUUUAAUUGCAGCAUGGCUUUUAAAGACACCUAUAAGCCGUAAAAAACAACGAGUUUUUGAACUUGAGCUUCAAAAAUUGGAAGAAGCAAAUGAGAAGCAGAAAAAGAAAGGAAAAAGAUCUUCAUAA